UGCAGACGAUUGUAGAUUAACGUACACAUGAAUACUGUGUUGCAUUAUUUUGUGGCCAAAAUAAGUAAUUUGUGGUAUGGCCACUUCUUGCUUUAGUAAUGUGGAUGAAUAUGGAUUUGAAAGACCACAUAAUUUUAAUUACGAGACAUAUGAGGAAUUCAUGUCAGAAUAUCUAAAAGUUCUUGCUAAAAGAGCAAGGAAAUGGGCUGAAAUUAUAGGGGAAGGUAGAUCAUUGGAACGCAGCAUUACAAUAAAACGUUAUGUACGUAAAGGUAUUCCCGGAGAACAUAGAGGAUUGGUUUGGCUUUCUGUCAGCGGUGGAGAAGAAUUGAGACAUAAUUUUCACAAUUUAUAUCAACAAUUACUAAUUGGUCCGCAUGAUUCUCAUGUCUCUGAUAUUAUAAAAACCGACCUUCCGCGCACAUUUCCCGAUAAUAUAUUUUUUAAUAAUACAGAUCGUCAUCAACGCCAGUUAUUUAAUAUAUUAUUAGCGUUUGCGCAUCACAAUCGACAAGUUGGCUAUUGUCAGGGCCUAAAUUAUAUAGCAGGAUUGCUAUUGCUUGUCACAAAAAGCGAAGAAACAGCUUUUUGGCUAUUGAAAGUAUUAAUAGAAAGAAUUUUACCGGAAUAUUAUACACCAACCAUGAAAGGGUUAAUUACAGAUAUUGAUGUUUUAGCAGAACUGGUCAAGAUAAAAAUGCCAGAUGUAUAUCAGCAUGUGACCAACAUGGGAUUACCAUGGGCUGUAAUUACAACCAAAUGGUUUAUUUGUCUCUUCGCAGAAGUUUUACCAACAGAGACAACUUUAAGAAUAUGGGACUGUCUUUUUUACGAAGGUAACAAAAUUGUAUUCAGAGUGGCACUCACAUUAAUUAAAAGGAAUAAGGAAAAUUUAUUGGCUUGUCAGGAUUUUACCGAGUUAGCGGAAUGCUUUAAAGACAUUACCAAGGAUAGUAUUGUUCUUCAAUGCCAUGACUUUAUGCAGAGCAUAUUUAAACUACCUGGCUCGUUACCUAGCAGUACAAUAUUAAAAUUAAGAACAAAAGUCGAACAAAGUCACAAAGAUCAACUAAAUCCAAGAGCAGGACGGUAGUGCUAGUAUUAAAAAUUUUGUUCAUUGGCAUAUUCUAGUCAAUGUAGUAACCAUUUAUUAUACAUGUCGAACAACUAUUGAAAAUUCAUAGUUUCGUACAAUCGCACCAUAAUUCCUGUUUCUUGUGAUACAAUAAUUUAUUUUACUGCUAUUGUGAGCGAAAAAGACUUAUAAUGCAAUUUGAACGAGUCUUUCUAUUGUAUCGUUAUUAUUAUUA